UCAAGCAUUGACCUUGCUCCAUUCUCUAUACCAACAGUGAAAGAGAAGCUGCUUAGAUCACAUGGGGGUGUUGGACUCUCUGAUCUAGUUCCCUUGUGGUUAGUUAGGUUAUCAUCCCCUAGUAUUAGGGUCUCUUAGUCAGUAUUUAGUCUUCCUUCUUCGUCUCUCCUUAGUGUGCUAUCAGCCCCCACAGUGAGACUGCGAUUAGUUUAACAUGUGAUUAGUUUAACAGAAACCACAGAAGAACCCACAGACAGUAGGGCAGUUGGGAAGUCUUAGCAGCAGGACAAGAGCUCUAACCCUCACGACUCUUGUGCAAAUCUGACCACACAAGAAGACUCUCUCCUGCACUGCUUUGUUGAGCAGAUUCGCAGAUUAUGGCAUCGUGCAUUCCGAUUCCAACAAUUCCUUGUGUUUCGCAUAAGCAAAUAAUUUCAAGAUGCGUUGGACGAGGUGAGUACUUCCAGUGUGCCGUUGAGCGUGUGAUUUUGUUGGAGGUGAUCUGAACCUGAUCAAAAAUGUCUUAAGUAUGCAUCGAUUAGGUGAGAGCAAUGGUCCGUGGAUGAGUCAAGUUGUUUGCUAGCUCUGGUCCGUUGGGCUUCCUGUGUACUUGCUGCAGGACUGAGAAGUCAGCGAUAGCUGCAAGAAGUAUCAGAGGGUGCCUUGCAUCGUCCCAAGAGAUGCCUCCGAAACCCCCCCUUGUGGUCACACUAUCUAAGGCUCUCAUUAAAAUGGCUGUCAGAAGUCAUGAGUUGACACACAAAUGCGCACUGCGCGGGUGCACAGACACUGCUCUGUCGACACUUCGAAAGCUGUGCCGAUGAGGAGAAUUACAGCGACAAGAAUGGGUCCAUCUUCCUGUUAUGAAAAGGUUCGACACAAUUAUUUCCUCGAUAGGGGAGGGUACCGCAACCUGGAGCUGAGCGAAGCAGCGAAGGAAUGGAGAGAAGAUGUAAGCAUCUGCACUGGAAGGCGUUUUUGGUGACCACGCCAGCCUUAUUGUGGUUCGCGAUGCUUCUGGUCGCAAUGCGUUUGUCCUCAGCAGAACCGUUGCGAGUGGGAUACUACGACCUAAGCUGUCCUAGCGCGGAGAGGAUUAUCAGGCAGGCCAUGGAGCGAGGGAUGCAGCAGGACCAGGGAAUAGCAGCUGGUGUACUCCGGCUUCACUUCCACGACUGCUUCGUAGAAGGAUGUGAUGGAUCAGUACUCCUUGACAACCCAAACUCGGAAAAAACAUCCCCGCCCAAUUUCAGUCUGCGAGGAUUUGAGGUCGUAGACGCAGCCAAGGCAGACUUGGAGGCGCUGUGUCCUGGAGUCGUCUCAUGCGCUGAUAUUCUAGCCUUCGGCGCUCGCGAUGCCGUCGAAUUGAUGGGAGGGUUAGGAUGGCGAGUUCGCGCAGGCAGGUAUGACGGCAGAGUUUCCAGCGCCGCUCGAGCACUUGCAGAGAUUCCGGACCCACGCUACACAGUGGAAGAGAUUACGGCAUUGUUUGCUCGCAAGGGCUUGUCGAAGAGCGACAUGAUCGUACUCUCCGGAGCACACACCAUCGGCCGCGCACACUGCGCUUCGGUGACGCCAAGGCUAUACCCCGUGCAAGACCCGCAGAUGAGCCAAGCAAUGGCGGCAUUUCUUAGAACCGCCUGCCCACCUCAAGGCGGCAGUGCGGCAACAUUCAGCUUGGAUUCCACCACACCCUACCGCUUCGACAACAUGUACUACACCAAUCUGAUCGCAAACCGGGGGCUGCUGCACUCCGACCAGGCGCUCAUCAACGACAUGUCCACGCGCGGGGAAACCAUCUUCAAUUCCUUCGCGGCCGGCCCCUGGGCAUUCCAAUUCUCCCGGGUCAUGAUCGAAAUGGGCAACAUUCAGGUCAAAUCGGGGCCUGACGGCGAGAUCCGCCGCCACUGCAGAUUCAUAAACUGAUUCAUUCUCACACUGAUUCAAGUUGCCCCUCCCCCCGGGUUGAUCCAAGCACCAGCAAACAUACCGAACGAUUGACAUGUUUGCUGGAGCUUGGAAAGUGCAUUCUGUUACUGGUGUAGAUUUGAGAUGUGAGUGGAGUUGUAAGCGUGACAGAAACAAUUUUCUUCGAUCUCAGUGGGUAUUGUUCUCUACCAAUUUCUGACUAUUAGUUGCGUUGUGUGAGUGAUUCACUAGGAUACCUUCUUGAAAGAGAGUUAUGGUUGUUGAAGUAGCCUCUGCCUGCAAUAAAUCAUGCUUUUAAUGGGCCUCAGAAUUAGUAAUAAUGGAAACAUUAGGUUAUGGAUCCACGAAGAUGAAGUGGGUCUGAUUCAAUGAGAUUUUAAGAGUGUCUCUCGAACUUAUAUCUUGAAUAUUGGUUAAAAUGAUGUUAUGUUGUGAUUGGAAA